ACAUGUAACAGCAACGUGAGCGGUAAUCUCGCCCAUUUUGCCUUUAGCAUGUGACCCUCAAAAUCUCAACGCCUCUCUAUCUCUCUCUGUCUCCCCUCUCCACUUAGAACUUUCCCACUCCAUCACAAUUCAUACAUACAAAACACACAAAAAGCCUCUCACUAUCCCAGACUCUCUCUCUUUCGCUCAAGUCUCUCAAAAUCUCAAGUACCAGAGUUGCUUGCUACAGCAAGUCAAGUAGCAGCACAGAGAUCUCAUCAAACUGAUAAACUCACCCAUCAAAAAAAGCCCCGAUCUCUCACUAAAUGAAAGCCACCACCAAAGCCCUCAACCCCUCAGUCAUCACCUUCGACCACAAGAGGGACGCCUAUGGAUUUGCUGUGAGGCCUCAACAUGUACAGAGAUACCGCGAAUAUGCUAAUAUCUAUAAGGAGGAAGAGGAGGAAAGAUCAGAUAGGUGGAAGUCUUUCCUGGAGCGGCAAGCAGAGUCAGCUCAACCGCCUGUAAACGGAAUAUCAGUUGAAGAAGAUAAGAAGGCUGUUUCGGCUGGAGUUUUAGAGCAAGAAGCAGAUGUUAGUUUAGAGAAGGUUGUUGAAGGAGACGAUUUAAGUAGCCAGAAGCUCGAUUCCAAUGAUUCGGCUGAAAAUGGUGCUAGAAAGGAUGAGGUUCCUGAAACUAAGGAGCCGAAAACUCAUAAGGUUCAAAUUUGGUCUGAGAUCAGACCGUCCCUUUGUGCCAUUGAAGAUAUGAUGAGCAUUCGUGUAAAGAAGAAGUCUAAUUUAUCAAAAGAUGAGCAAGGGGCUGGAACCGGGAAGCCACUUCCUUCCCCUAUUGAAGAGGUUAAAUCCUCUAAGGGAUUGUCUGAGGAGGACUCUGAGGACGAGUUUUAUGACGCAGAGAGGUCGGAUCCCAUUCAAGAUGCUCCUGCAAGUGAUACUGCCAGUGCCCCUGCUGCUGGUGACAUGUCCCCUUGGGAAUCUUUGUUUCCUUGGAAAGAAGAGUUAGAAGUCCUUGUUCGCGGUGGAGUGCCAAUGGCUCUUAGGGGAGAGCUUUGGCAAGCUUUUGUGGGUGUGAGAGCACGUCGAGUUGACAAUUAUUACCAGGAUCUGCUAACUCAAGAAACUAAUUCUGGCAAUAGCAAAGAACAAAAUAACGUGCAGUCAGAUAACAAUGGUGAGGGAUUUACUACAGAUUCUGUAUGCGUGCCAGAGAAAUGGAAAGGGCAGAUUGAGAAGGAUUUGCCUCGAACAUUUCCAGGGCAUCCUGCUUUGGAUGAGGAUGGUAGAAAUGCUUUGAGGCGCCUACUUACAGCGUAUGCUAGACAUAAUCCCUCUGUUGGGUACUGUCAGGCCAUGAAUUUCUUUGCUGGCUUAUUACUACUUUUGAUGCCUGAAGAAAAUGCAUUUUGGGCCUUGAUGGGCAUCAUUGAUGACUAUUUUGAUGGCUAUUACUCAGAGGAAAUGAUAGAGUCUCAGGUUGACCAACUUGCUUUUGAGGAGUUGGUACGGGAAAGGUUUCCUAAAUUGGUCCAUCAUCUAGAUUACCUGGGAGUACAGGUGGCUUGGGUUACUGGACCAUGGUUCCUAUCCAUUUUUAUGAACAUGCUUCCAUGGGAAAGUGUUCUUCGAGUUUGGGACGUGCUUCUUUUUGAGGGAAACCGAGUCAUGCUGUUUAGAACAGCACUUGCUUUGAUGGAGUUAUAUGGCCCUGCAUUGGUUACAACUAAGGAUGCCGGAGAUGCAGUUACUUUGCUGCAAUCGCUGGCUGGCUCAACAUUUGAUAGCAGUCAACUUGUACUGACUGCUUGCAUGGGUUACCAAAAUGUAAACGAAACCCGAUUACAGGAGUUGAGAACUAAACAUCGGUCAGCAGUUAUAGCUGCAGUUGAGGAAAGAUCAAAGGGGCUUCGGGCUUGGAGGGACUCUAAGGGACUGGCUUCUAAACUUUAUGGUUUUAAGCAUGAUCCUAAAUCAAUGAUAUUAGAAGCUAAUAAAACAGAACAAUUGACUGAUGCACAAACAAAUGGUAGUCUAUCUCGUUCGGAGUCUGGGUCCACUAAUGCAGAUGAAAUUGUCAUUAGCCUGACUGGGGAUGUGGAGGUUGAUUCUGUCAAAGAUCUUCAAGAGCAGGUGGUGUGGUUAAAGGUUGAAUUGUGCAAGUUGCUGGAGGAGGAAAGAUCGGCUGUACUCAGAGCUGAGGAGUUGGAGACAGCUCUAAUGGAGAUGGUCAAGCAGGACAAUCGGCGGCAAUUGAGUGCCAGGGUUGAGCAGUUAGAGCAAGAGGUUACUGAGCUUCGGAGGGCCGUUGCUGAUAAGCAGGAACAAGAAAAUGCCAUGCUUCAGGUUUUGAUGCGGGUAGAGCAAGAGCAAAAGGUAACAGAAGAUGCUCGUAGAUUUGCCGAGCAAGAUGCAGCAGCUCAAAGAUAUGCUGCUCAAGUGCUUCAGGAAAAGUAUGAAGAGGCUACUGCUUCACUUGCUGAAAUGGAGAAGAGAGUGGUUAUGGCAGAAUCAAUGCUGGAGGCUACCUUGCAGUACCAAUCUGGCCAAGUUAAAGCACAACCUUCCCCUCGAUCUCCACAUCCAGAUUCUUCAACAGUACAAAGCAAUCAAGAGACACAAGAUUUUCCUGCAAGAAAAAUUAGUUUGCUAGCUCGUCCAUUUGGAAUUGGCUGGAGAGACCGGAAUAAGGGGAAACCAACUAAUGUUGAGGAGCCAAUUGAUGGCAAAUCUACCAAUGAGGGGCAGAGUCCCAGCACGCCAGAGAAAGGUGCUAAUGGUGUAGAAGACAAAGAAUAGAGAAUAGAAGGUUUAUUAGAAUGAUACUCCAAUAGAUAUACUCCUUUCACUGCCCCAGUUCUAAUAUGCUUUUCUGCUUGGUGGAUAUCUUAUGCAUCAAUGACACUUCAGGGAGCGGGUAGAUGUAGUCUCUUUGUCUGUAAUUUUGAUUAGACAGAGCCAAUAUAAAGCUUAUAUUCAUUCAUUGUUUGUUUGUUCAUUAAAUCAGUAGUAAUAAUAGUAUAGAGGAGGAGAAUGUAAGAAACACGAGAGCAAUGCUCAUUCAACUGUAUAAUCUUUGCAUUACUGUCUUGUAUUGAUUUAUUCGAACUGGUAGUUCAAGAAAGAAUUUUCCAGCAGUUACUGCAUAUUAGUUGCA